AUGGCUGACUCUUCGCGGAAGAGGUCUCGCUCGAGAUCGCCGCGCCGCGCACCAAAGGGCAGUGGCGGAUUCAGAUGGAAGGAAAAGAAAUCCGGAGGGGGCAGUGAUAGCGGCAGAGGCGGCCGACGAGACGACCAGUGGAACGACAGACGCAGCGACCGCCAAGAUUUUCGCGGUGGGCGUGACAGAGAUUUCCGAGACCGGGACCGCACUGGUGAUCGCGAACGCUCUCCUCGUCGCGACAGGUCACCUCGAAGAGAUGAAGGCCAGCGCCGCAGUUCAGUCGACAAGCCAGCCAAGGAGAAGCGGAGUGACGAAGAUAGGAAGGAGAAAAAGCCCAAAAAGGCGGUAUCCCUCGCUGGCAAGGAACUCAUUGUGGUUCACAUCAACGAUCGUCUCGGCACGAAGACUGCUGUGCCGUGCCUCCCCGACGACACUAUCGGCCAGCUGAAGCUCAUGAUUGCAGCACGCAUCGGUCGAGAGCCUGGGCAAAUCAUGUUGCGGCGCCAAGGGGAGCGACCAUUCAAGGACCCCAUUAGCUUGGCUGACUAUGGCAUCUCGAAUGGUGUGCAGCUGGAUCUAGAGAUUGACACGGGCGAUUAA